AUGACGCCUAUGUGCCACCCGCAUCUGCGCGGUGCGCUUUCCGCAAAGCGACUCCAGCAGGCCUGUCGACCUUGCUUUGUUGCUAGCCGUGUAGCCCCUCGCCUCCCUGGCCUUCUCGUGGUCGCGCGAUCAUCCAAACCAGCAUCAGCUAGCAAACCUCAGUACCAGCCAACUAGCGCCAGAGAUGCCAUCGAGACAGCCACGCGAGUCUUCAAAGAACAGCAGGACGUUGACGAGGCCGUGCGUUUAUAUCGUCUAGGCUUGGAUAUGAAACCAAACGAAGACGAGGCACGGGCAGCGCUGUAUAACCUGGGUUGUGCGCUGGCGAAACAGAAAAAAUGGGCUGAGGCGUCCGAUUCUAUCGUCAAAGCUAUAAAUGACUACAAACUUAAGUUAACGGUGGCGCUUAAGGAUGAAGAUCUUAAGCAACUGAGGGAGCGGCGGGAAUGGAUUGAUGCCCUGACUCAGGUCAAGGGAGGGAUCUCCAGAAGCACCAAAGUGGAUCUGCGCACCGAGGCGAAGGCCCCCUUCCGCCUCCCUCGCAUCAUCCUGUUCGGGGGUCUGUUGGGCAGCGCCGCCAUCGGUCUGGUCAUCAUCGUGUUCAGAUUGGUGAAGGCCCUACAGGGUGGUCCCGAAGCUCCUGACCUGAACGAGUCCCUCACCAACUUGGGGGUCAACUCCGUGGCUGUUGCCGUGCUGUCGUACCUGUUGUACCGGGACGUGAGUCAGAAGCAGGAGGCCGUACGGAUUACCACUCGGGAGGAGCUCAUGGGCCGAUUGCAGAUCGACCUUGGCAAUGACCGGGUCCUCCCGCUGCUCAAGUUCCGAGGCCAGGUCCGACCCGUCAUCGUGGCGGGCACUCGGAGCUUCGUGGAGAGGGCCAUCAAGGAAGCGGACAGCCAGUACAUCAACCUCAGAGACCGAGCUGUGUCCGUCAUCCCCGUGAUCUUCGAGAGCGCUCCCGUGGGGGAUGUGGACCCGGAGAUCAAAUUGAGGGCCCUGAGGAAGGAGUUUGCAAAGGAGGCCCGGGGCUUCGACGAGUCCGCUGCCGCCGCUAAGAAGGCGGCUGCGGAGGCGGCUGAGGCCAGGGCGGCUAGGUCCAAGGCGACGGUGUUGGGGGGCCUGAUGGAUGCGGACAAGCGCUGGAGGCUGGAGCCGUACGCAGUGGACGAGUGGAAGGCCUGGAUUUUGGAGCAGAAGGAGUUCGCGGGGCUGUCCCCCCGCGAGCCCAACUGCUACAUCCAGGUGCAGCUCGACGGCACUGUGAGGUCCUCCGGGCCGGGAACCCCCCCCUGGAGGCAGCUGGUGGAGGACCUGCCGCUGCUGUCGGACUUCCGGACCAGGCUGAUGGACGGUGUGGGGCCACAGGACUGUCUUCCAGGAUGUCAUGUGAAAGGAGUUUGCAAUGAGGAGCUUGCGACAUGUUUCUGCCCGCGACACUUCACGGGGCCCUCCUGCUCGGACGUCGCAUCCAACAUCAAGGACAUCUGCGCAACUUACGGGUUCACGCUCAGCCAAUGCAGGAAAGCAUCUCCCUGCUUCAACUCCUGCAACGAACGCGGCAGAUGUGUUGCCGGGAUCUGUCACUGCCAACCCGGCUAUUGGGGUAUGGACUGCGCCAUCAGUUGGGGCCCCAAUGGCAAGAUGCAGCUGCUAGAUGGACUAUAUAAGCCAAGAAACGGUAGCAUCAAAAUCUACGUGUACGAGUUACCACCAAAUAUGACCUCUUGGCCGUGCGCCGAUCUCCAACAGUUCCUCACCCCCCUCCCCAGGGCUCCGUCCGGGCCACCAGCACCGUCCCUCAGCCCCUACCCCACCCGACGUCAGCCACCAAAGUGCCCUCAACCGUACAUUGGUUUCUUCUCCAGGUUCAAUAUUCGGCGACUGGACAGGCCGCUGCACCUGCUGUUCUGGCAGCGGCUCAUGUCCGCGGGUAUAAGGACCGUCGACGGCGACGAAGCCGACUACUACUUCAUUCCGGUGAACACGCGGACGGAGUUGGCUCCAGGGAUGGUGGAGUGGGUAUUGUCGUACAUCCGUCGUACGUACCCUUGGUGGUCCAAGGACAACGGUAACCGUCACCUGAUCAUCCACACCGGCGAUAUGGGGAUAGCCGACCUGCCCGCCGAUAUGCGUUCCCGGCUGAAGAGCGCCUUCUCCAACAUCACCUGGCUGACCCACUGGGGCAUUUACCAGUACCACCCUGUGGCGAAGUGGUACCCGGCACACCGCCCAGGGAAGGACGUGGUGUUGCCGGUGAUGGUGACCACACAAGGCUUCCACCUGUCCCCCUUGAACCCGCGGGUGGAGGCACGGGCGCGGAGGAGGAACCAAACCAUGGCACGGUCCGGAACCUUCUUCUUCGCAGGCCGUAUUUGUGGCGACCGGAAGCCCCCCGACCCGGCUACGGGGGAUUGCUCGCGAACACGUCCUGACUACAGCGGCGGAGUACGGCAGCUGGACAUUUCCUCGCACAAGUUUUGUCUUGCGCCCCUCGGAGGAGGCCACGGCAAGCGCCAGGUGUUAGUGUCUCUGAUGGGCUGUGUGCCCGUACUGAUCGGGAAUGGUGUACUGCAGCCCUUCGAGCCGGAAAUCGACUGGUCGCGAUUCAGCGUCAGCGUGCCUGAGGCGGAUAUACCCGACCUGCCGAGAAUCCUGGCCAACAUCUCGGACCAGCGUGUAGCGGAUAUGCAGGCGAGAGAGAAAAGGGGGGGAAGAGGGAAGGGGGAGAAGGGAAGGGGGAACGAGGGAAGGGAGAGCGGGUGUGCGCUUUUGCACGUUUUGAGGUUUUGGUUUCCUUUGGGGUUUUGUGGGGGUUUAGGGGUCUUAAAGGCUGGAGGAGAAGGCGGCUGGGAAUCCUGUGCGCGGACGUGCACACACACGCGGGGCCCAAGCGUGUGUGUAUGUGCGGCGUACGACACCGGGAUGCAACCUGGCCACAAGCGGCUGAGGUGCGCUGCUCAGCACAUGUUCUACAGCAGCACCCUGGGGGCCAUUCUUGGGGAGGACGGACGAUACGGUGGGUGGGGCAUACGAUGGGGUUUGCGUGUGUGUGGGGGGGGUGCAGAUGCCUUCGAGACAAUCAUUGAGAUUCUACGUGUACGGAAGGCGCAUCCCGACGUACCGCCCGAACAGUACAUCCACGUGGACGAGCGUUUCCGCAAGUUUGUCGACUGCGACCUAGGUGGCCCCGAUCAGAUUCUAUGUAACCAAGGUCACGAGCGGCAGUACAAAGCCACGCCCACAUGCGGGGAGUGUCACCAGCAUGUCGCCGCUCAGCGAACUGGAAGUACCUUCUACUCCUGGGCGGGGGGGAUGGUGUGCUGCUCGGAGCUGGACAUGACCAAGUGUCCCCGAGUGUGGCCGUAG